AGAGGCACUGGUCUAAGUCCUGCCUGCGCCCAGUCACCGCUAUCACUCCGCUCUCCGACCUCCGUCCCUCCCCCACCCCUCGUCCGCCUCACCGACGCAAAUCACGAACCCUCCCGCCUCCUGGGUCUGGAUGUCGCAACAUAGGUCGCGCAUCCCAGGCGCAUGGCACAUCCGACAACGGAGCCGAGGUCCCAAUGUCCAAGUCGGGCGGCCCUCGCCGAAAAAGGCACUUCAAGGUGCCUUGGACACGCAAUAUUGGAUUGGAGUCUCCUCGCGAUCCGCCCGCACCAUCACGGGAUGCCAGUGGCAGGAGCGGCGGUGUGGCGAACGGAUAUGCUAGCGUCGACGAGGUGGCUCUAUCGCGGCCCGCGCGGCAUUGGCACAAUGUGCCUCGGUGGCUUGAGCGGGGGCGAGCGGAAAACAGUGGCCCUGCUCGUCGUCGUCAUCAGCGCCAUCCCCCCCGCUGCAAGCGAGCUCGACCGAGGCCACCUAUCGUCACGCCUAGAACGAACGUCAAGUCAAACUCUGCAGAGGUCACGCUUAGGCAGACGAGGGCUCACGAGCAAGCCCGAGGGUGGCAACGUAGGGAGUGGCGCCACGGAUCCGUGAUGCCUCCCCUUGCAAUGGAUGAGCAAGAGGCAGCUGCCUCUGACCCCUCCUCUGUGAUAAGCGGGGCGUGUGAGCCCUGCGGCCGGCGCGCUGGGUCACCGUUCCCCCUCGCCGAUGAAUUUCGCGUCAGCACGCCGGUAAGGCAGAGCCUGCCAGUGACUGUGGUGCAGUUGUAGCGAAGCCGCAUGUGUUAGACGCUUCGGCGACGCAGUUUAGCUGCCAACGGGGAAGGGAGCCUGGGACAGCUUGUGCAGUUGGCGGCACACUCUUUUGAGUGUGCAUCAAGCUGCCUCUGUACAUGGAAGAAAAACCUAGAGAGGAGGAUUGCCUCCCCAG